UAAGGACAACUGAGGCUGUUCAAGUUAUUCUUUUAUUCAUCAAAGUGAAGAUUGACAUCAGUACAAGUUUUCCGCAUCAGGUACUGUCUCUCCUGGCAAAAGUAAAAAGUAACAGCCAGUUGGUGGUGCUAUUGCAGCAUGUAAUGUAGGAUCUUCUUCACAGGGAUGCAUCCACUGUGAAAUCCCAUUAUUACAGUCCCCAGAAACCUCCUGUGAUGGUCACACCAGCAGCCACACAGUUACCAGUUUCUGGGGGUUGCUGCUGGAGUUGUCUGGCUGGCCAACAUUAGGAGAGCUAGCUGCAUCAGACCUGCUUAAAUGAUGUUGAUUGCCAACUGGACUGCACCAUGUUCCUCCUGCAUCAUGGAGAGGGGCAGUGUUUUCUAGUUUGAUUUUUGUUAUUAUUUCUUCAACAGUUUGUUUAAAUGGUUAUGUCUUAGUCUAUCCCCCUGUGUGUCUGAAUGGCCUGAUCAGCCACUAUAUAUUAUUAUUAUUAUUAUUAUUACAUAUUAUUAUUAUAUAUUCCCCCAUGUCUCAGUUUGUCAGGUCAGUUUGUGCUGUUCAGUUCUCUUCCGAUAGGGUUUAAGUUUAGUUCGGUUAUGUUUUCGGUACGUCUUUUAUGGGCCCAGAAUUAUUGUCAGAAGUAUUUUUGUUGCUUUUUGUAAAUAAAAAAGAAAAAACGUUUUUUUAAAAACCACCUGUGUCUCUCUGGUCUACUAGCUCAGUCUGUGACACCUCGAUACACUAAAUUAAAAAAAAGUCUGUGAACACACUAUGCUGCACCAUUAAUGCUAUAUUUUAUAUUACCACUUAAAUAUUUAAUGAGAUUCUGUAUUGCUUUAAUAUGAUUUGUAUCUUUUUUCUGUUAUGUCAUCUGCAAUUACAAGUCAAGUGUUAAGUCAUAGCACUCAGCAAUCCAAGUUGAAGGUCUAAUAGUAGAAGGUGACAUAUGUUGUACUGACUGUAAAAAUACUGUACAUUAACAACACUGUGUGAAAAGCUUUAAAAGAUAGGCUCCCAUGAAAGUCCUUCUUUGUGCUUUCAUGGACUGUGUUUCCAGGCUGAGCUGCAGUACAGGGAUUGUAACACAAAGAGGAAAUUUGGUGCUAAAAAGAGUGUAACUUUGAAAGAUACGACUCUGAUUUGUCUCACUCAGACUGCUGAAACCUUAAAUUUGUUUCAGCUAAAUUUUGGAACAUUUUUACACAGGAGGAGGGCUGUGGAUUUUGUCCCCCAUCACUUACCUUGAAAUUGCUUUAAGAAGGGAUUUCUUUGUGGCCAGGAUGGAUGGGAGGAACAAUUACAGCAACCAAUAAUGCUAUCAAUUUACAUAUGGGCAUGUGAGGAUUGUAUUAGGAUUAGCCUUGGAAAAAAUGUGAACCUAUCCUUUAAUUUAGAUACAAAAUUUAUGGCAAUUGAGCAACACAUAAUUUCAAUGCUCAUUUUAAAUUAUUGAAACUAGUCUGUGGAGCAGAGAUGCCAUCAACAAGAUAAUGCACAGUUGGCAGAACUGGCAAGCCUUUUGUUGAACCACUGAAUAUUAUACUCAGGUCACAACACACUUAUUCUGGAUGAGCCAAAAACAAAACUACUCUAAUGUGACACUGUGUAAACUUACAAAGACUUCCUUGGUAUUCACACUUGAGCUACUGUUGUUCUGAUAAGCGUAAAAAAUUGUCUGUGACUCAGAGAGGUGUAAAAAUACACUUAAGCUUCAAGUGAAUAUUAUCCUAUAUAUCUAGCACACUUUCACAGUACAGUAUUGUAUUUUCAAAUUAUAUGACUGGCACACACCAUAAGGAACAGUCAUACAUGUGCAUUUGCCCUCAAACUCAAUGAGAAAGUUAGCUUCCUUUAUUUUUUUCAGUUCAUCACCACUGUGCAACAGGAAACACACCCAAGAAUUUCACAUCAAUGUUGAGAUCUAAUACAUAUUGACAAAGCACACAAAAGCUCUACAACCUCUUCUGGGUACCUCUCACAGUGAGUGUUUACUUUACGCAGUAAAUGGCAGAAUACAGGAUUAUGUCGGUUAACCUCAGAACGUCUUUCUUGGAUCAGAUGAAGCUGCCAGGCCUGAUUGAUCUUAGUCUCUUAUUGAUCCUGACCUCUACUACAAAAGGUCAAACCUGGAAUGUUAGCGUCACUAGACACAUUAAUGCAUUAUUGGGCUCAGACGUGGACAUACCAUGUACAUUUACCUAUCCGCCUGAACACCACACUAAAGAUGUUCAAGUUUACUGGAAAAAGCCAGAGAGAAGUACAUUUAAUAUCAAUGACAACGACAAAAAUGCAUUCGUUUUUCACACGAAUGAGACAUUUGUGGUUGAGAAGUACAAAGGAAAGACCAAACUCACUGGAGAUAAAGUCAAAGGAAACUGUUCCCUCAAGAUCCAAAACAUCAUGGAGAAUGAACCAAAUAUCUAUGUGAGAGUUAUCGCAAAGGGUGACAACUACAGUUUCAAGACGGACUUUGUCUCCAUUUCUGUGUCUGGUGUUACGCCAGUCUCUCUUGACCAAGACAUAAUUGUAAGCAGUACAUCCACCCCAUUAACCACCGCUGGAACAACAAAAAUGGGUAUGACUUCAAUAUAUACGGCCACCUUUGUACCAGUUGCUUUACUACUGAUCAUUAUUUUUGUCGCUGGAAUUGUCUUCUACAUAAAACACAAAAGGUCACAGGCUUUUACCAGGGAGGAAUCUGGAUAUUAUGCAAAUUUUAGCACAGCAUCAUCAAACCAAGCCAAAAGAGAAGCAUUUUGCAAAAAACAAGACAACAAGAAACUUCCUGAACUGAAGGCCAUUGAUGAACCUGUCUACAUCAACAUUGAGGCUCCUCCAGGUCAGAUGGAUCAAAGUAUGGAUCACACAGACAAUAUAUAUGCAAAUGAGGAUUAUUCAAAAUAGUAGAAACGCUGCAUCUCACAAAAUCCACUUGGACUUAAACUUCAUUUUAAAGCUAGGGUAGGUAAUGUAUUUCAGAAGCAUUUUUUGCUAUAUGUGUGGAAAUUCUCUUCACAUCCCGACAGCAGUCAAUAAAUCAAAUACUCUGAAAAAAAAUGAAAACAAUCUGAUAUCUGUGGCAGUCGCAGGACUGUAAUGAGCACAUCCAAUCAUUUCAGACCGAAUUAAAUGAUUGGCUGGCCUGCCUGCCUGUCUACCUGCCUACCUGAGCGCACUCUGCCCGUGCACUCUUUGUGCAUGAAAAUGUGUUUUGGGGGAGUGGCUUUGGAGAGAGGCCUGAAGGGAGAGGGUGGGAUUUUAUUGGUUGGAUACUUUCAAAAUCUAGUUGUCCUUGCAAGUUUCUCCAACGUUACCCACCCUAACUUUAAAUGCUAUUACUGUGUUCUGCAUUGUUUUGCGCACAUGUUCCUGUCUAUGAGCAAACAUGUGUCAUGGUGUGUAGGAUGCAUGACAACAGGAUUAUUUUAUCACAAGGACGAAAGGAUACACAGCUCCCUCUAAGUGACUUUAUCAGAAAGACUACAUGUCAUUGCAAAAUGAAGAACAGCAGAGUUACAAUUUAUUUACUGGCUCAUGGUUGCAGGAAUUGUGAGAGGCUGGUGGUUUGUAAUGCAUGAACUUGCUUGGUUCAUGAUAUAUUUUUUUAGAGAUUAUUGUUUCAGACAAAAAUCAUGCUUGUUAUUAGUUUUCAUAGCAUUUUCCUCACCAGUGUUGCAGAGAUUGUGGACAUACUGUCGGGUCAUCUAACUGGGUUAAACAAGUCACAUUUAACGCCAUUAUCAGAGCAGCUUCUGUUACAUUGAAAAAGUUAUUGCUCGAUUUAAUCAUUCCUCUUGUCCAUUCUGGCCAUGAAAAGAUGUCUCUUUACUGUGUAGUGAGACUCCAAUGGGGCGGGGCCAGAGGGAUGGCCAGGGGUGGUACGGUUCCCCUCUGCAAUUUUAUUGCCAAUGCAGAAAGUAGUGUGCCCCAUAUGUAGUAAGGCAGAAUGUAAAGGAUGGUCAAGGUGGUUGGGUGGUGGCUGGGCAUGUAGCAUGUCUCACAUCAGUUUUGCAAGCUAGUAACGUGCUUUUGCUUUUGUACUCUCUAAGCUAGUCAAAAGCCUAAAGAGAGGGGGGUCACAAAUUUUGGGUUUAGUGAAAUAAUACAUUAUGUUUUUUCUAGUCUUUCUCAAUAUGUUUGCCAAUUUACUUCCUGUGUCAUCUGUGCUGGAGCUGAAACUUUUCUUUUCUUUUCUGAUUUAAUCUCCUAUUUAGUUAUGACUUGUGAUGUGACAUUUAAUUUAUGGAGUGUACCAUAAAUAAAGGGUUAAAAGUG